CGCACACACUGCACAAUUGUCAAUAUAUACAUGCUGUGUGUAUAUGUGUAAAAUACAACUACUGCUGCUACUGCUGACCUCUCUUCCCUUGUGCGUUGCGUUGCGCUGCGCGAGUUUUUCAGUUGUAUGUAGCAGUAGUCAAGUCAGCACAAGUCGAGUCGCGAGUCAGUAUACCGGCAGCACUCGGCCGACCGACACACCACAGUACAAAGCGGCACUCCAACUCCGAAAUAUUAUUAUCCACGCGCGCGACUCGUUACAAGCACUUACCCAUAGAUUAUGUAUGUCGUAGUGACUCGCGAAUAAGACAACACCACCACCAGCAGAGACGACGGACAGAUAGAUAGUUGUCUCGUGAGCUGUCAGUUUUGUCGUGUUGAGUGUCCGUCUGUGUGUGUGUGUGUGUCUGCAGACGCAACUACCGUCCCUGUGUGUGUACAAAGUGUGUCUUUGCUGCGUGUUUAUACAUAAUUCAACGCCGGUUCCGCAGCAGGCCGAGAACUGCGAGUCUCAGCUUUAUUUUACCUGCGGCACGACAACGCAUCGCAGCAGCAGCACAAGCUUUUUUACGCUUAAUAAGAAGUGUCGCGACUGGCAAGUUUUUUUUGUAAAAUAUACAAGUGCGACCAUCAACGCAGCAGCAGCAGCAUCCAUAGCCUUGACUGCACACGGCCACGGACAGAGUGAACAUAUAUAUCCAAUAUAUAUAGCUCUGCGGCACACGCAUGUAUGGCCCGAUAAGAUAUCAUUCAUCGGCUCGUUGCUGCGCUGAGUCGACGACGACGACGACAACGACGACGACAAUUCCAUUGGAGACGAACAGAGAAAACGUCGUAGUGGUCGUACAAAAGCGGAUACACAUACCAUAACGGCUCGUCGUCGCGGGGUAAAGAGCGCAAAAAAAAAGAAGAGAGAAACUAUGCUACAGAUACACGAGGAUCAAGUCGAGCGAGUCAACAAGGACGUCGUCGUAAUAGGCAACGGACCCAGCGGCAUCUGCUUGUCCUAUCUCCUAGCCGGUAACUGGCCGCACUACACGUGCAAGGACCACCCGGGCGACGAGAUGUUGACGGCUCGUCUGCGCUACAGCAUCGCCGCGAGCGAGCUCGAGCACACCUCGGCGGCCGAUCGCUCGAGCAACUGCAGCAGCGUCAGCGAGGAGGACGAGGACGAGGACGAGGAGGACAACGACUCGAACGACUCGUUCUCGUCCCUGCCGCGCGACGACGACUGCGACGACGACCGCCGCGAGGACGAGAUCUCGUGUCGCUGCUGCCAACGCCUGCAAAAUCGCCACUGUCUGCCCCUGAGCAUGUCCAAGCCCGAGCAGCUGGAGCUGUUGGCGAGCGGCCUCGAGGGUCGCAACAGCGGCAAGCCCCUGUCCCUGCUGAUGGACAAUCUGCAGCAUCCGUGCCUGGACGCGGGCCUCGACGUGGCCUCGCUCCUCGACUGGAAGUCCGUCCAGGAGCAUCGCGAGCACAGGCCCGUGGAUCACGUGGUGCUGGGCAAGGGCCCGCCUGGCGGCAUCUGGCACUCGCUCGAUCCGAGCGUGCUCACCAUCAGCCUGACGCGCUGGAUGUCGCUUCCGGGCCUCGAUCUUCGGGACUGGCUGGCCAGCCUCGAUCAGGACGAGCGCAGGAGGCUGCAGAUCGUACCGCCGCCCGCUGACGAACAGAGUCAGAACAAGGACAAGGUGGAGCGGGUGCCCAUAGGCGCCGUGGCGGCCUACUAUCGCGACUACGUGACGAGGCACGCCCUGGACAAGCACUUCCGCUGCGGCUCGGUCGUCACCUCGGUCAAGCCUCUGCGGGACGGUGGCGCUUGCUGCGACGACCACGACGGCAGCAACGACGAGUACCGAUGGCUCGUCGAGGGCUACGAGUACGAAAGCGGCCGACAGUUCAGGUAUCGCAGCAAGCGCGUGGUGCUGGCCACCGGCGCCACGGACUCGUACAAUCGGCUGGGCUGCAGCGGCGAGGACAGCCACAACUGGGUGGCCCACGACUUCAAGGCGUUCAGAAGGAAAUUGGAGCGCGCCUCGCGUGGCGGUGGAAGCUGCCGCCAACAAUCGCAGCAACAGCAGCAGCAAUCCACUCCGGAGCCGGUGCUGGUGGUCGGCUCGGGUCUCAGCGCCGCCGACGCCAUCAUGGCCGCGCGAAGCCGGGGCGUACCCGUGGUGCACGUCUUCCGCACGUCGUCGCCGUCGUCCUCAUCAUCCUCGUCCUCUUCCAAGUCCAAGUCCGCGCGCAGCCUCGACAAAGUGCAGUGGCUGCCCGCCUCGGCCUACCCGGAGUAUCACAAGGUCUACGAGAUGAUGGCCAACAAUAGGAAGUAUCCACUGUACACGCCGCUGGCCGAUCACUGUGUCGUGGACUUCAGUUCGGCCUGCGACAGGCUCGCCCGCACGAAGAAGCGCAAAGUCACGCUGUGCAGUCCUCAGGGUAGGCUGCUCACGCUGAGAGUUUCCUGCGCUGCCGUCCUCAUAGGAUCGAAACCCGACCUGUCCUACCUGGAGAACAACGGCACGGACCUCGGCAAGUACGUCGACCGGCCGAUCGACAGCCACGCCAAUCCCAUCAACGUCAAUGUCUACACGUACGAGGUCGAGCAGGCCGCCCGUCGGGGUCUCUACGCGGUGGGGCCCCUCGUCGGCGACAACUUCGUGCGCUUCAUCCUCGGCGGUGCUUACGGCGUCUUCGCCGAUAUACUCAACAAUCAAUAUUCGUAAUAUUGCAACGAGAGCGAGUGCGAGAAAUUGUAGCGAAGCUUCGACUCGUCAUAUUUUUUCGAAGAUGUUGUAUGUACAUUUAUAGCCUUUCCGCGAUCGUGAUAGGAAAAAUUAUAUAUAAAUAUAUUUAUUUAUAUAUUUACAUUUGUCUGAACACGCCCACAACAUAUUUGCUCAUGUAUAAAGGAUGUAGUAAACUUUUUAUAAGCGUACUAUAGUGCACAAAGAUGCCAGCAGCGCAUCGUUUGUGCUUGAGCGCGGACACGAGUGUCACUUCUGUAAUUGUAUACUAUCGGUCGAAACUCCAUAAUGUGCUGCGAGUUCGUCUCUCUGCAACGAGCUUACAUUAGCCGCAAUAACGUAUAUUUUUGUAUGUGCAUUCGAUAAUAUAUUAUGUCAUUUUCACACUGCUAUUUCUACAUUAUAUGAUACUUGUGACGAUGCAUCAUGUAUUUUUGGAGAGAAUUAAAAAAAUCGAUUAUAAUAGACAUCCACAACACAGAAAGCGAAACUCUCGCUCUCCAUACUUAAAUGUGUAAGCUAGCUUUUAAGGCAAAAAAACGUCAUGAAACAAAAGUCUGUGAUAAAAAUGGUG